CUGUCUGCCAGAGAGCCACCCACCCACACUGAUGGUGUCCCCUGCCUAUGUUGCUCCCACCACCCCUCGGCAAUGGUGACAUGAGUACGUGAUGGGGAGGAGCCUAUUGUAUUUUUGAAGAAGAAUCUCUACCACCUCCAAAACUACCGUUACAUUCUGAUUGUUUUCGCCGUGCAGUCUGGGACUGAGUCUGUGCGGGGUGAUGUUGCUGCCGACAUGCGGUCGCCUCCGGCGGCUCUUCCGUCAGUCUCACUCCCUCACUCUCCAGACCAGCCUCCUGCUCCUCUUCCUCUUCUGCAUGGUGAGCGUCCUGGUCUCUGCCUACUUCCUCUACGGAGUCAAGCGGGAGCUGGAGCCGGCGGCGGGGGGCAUGGGAGGGCCGGAGGAGGGCACUGCUGACUGGGACGACCGCCGUGCCGCCACACCCUCCACCUCCUCCCGGGCGCUCCCUCCACGCACGGCCAGGCCCUCAGAUGCGUUGCGCACUGACCCUGUGGUGCUGGUGUUUGUGGAGAGCCUAUACUCCCAGCUGGGACAGGACAUUGUGGCCAUCCUGGAGUCUGGCCGCUUCCUCUACCGAACCGAGAUGGCCCCGGGAAAGGGGGACAUGCCCACCCUGACAGACAAGGACCGAGGCCGUUUCACGCUGGUCAUCUACGAGAACAUCCUGAAGUACGUCAACCUGGACGCUUGGAACAGAGACCUGCUGGACAAGUACUGUGUGGAGUAUGGAGUGGGUAUCAUAGGCUUCUUUAAGGCCAAUGAGAACAGCCUACUUAGUGCCCAGUUGAAGGGCUUCCCCCUCUUCCUCCAUUCCAACCUGGGCCUGAAGGACUGCAGCGUCAACCCCAAGUCCCCCCUGCUCCUCAUCACUAAGGCCCGGGAGGUGGAGCGAGGCCCCCUACCCGGAGAUGACUGGACUGUCUUCCAGUCCAACCACUCUACCUACGAGCCUGUUCUCUUAGCCAGGACCCGGGUGCCUGACCUGGGCAUGUCUGGGGUGGGGAUGGGGGUGGGUAGCAGCCCCCUCCAUGCCUCUGUUGUCCAGGAUCUGGGGCUUCACGACGGCAUCCAGCGGGUGCUCUUCGGCAACAACCUCAACUUCUGGCUGCACAAGCUGGUGUUUGUGGACGCUGUGGCCUUCCUGACGGGCAAGAGGCUGUCUCUGGCUCUAGAUCGCUACCUGCUGGUGGACAUCGAUGACAUCUUCGUGGGAAAGGAGGGCACCCGCAUGAAGGUCUCAGAUGUCAAGGCCCUACUGGAGACCCAGAAUGACCUCCGAACCUCCGUCCCCAACUUCACCUUCAACCUGGGCUUCUCUGGGAAGUUCUUCCAUACUGGUACAGAUGAGGAGGACCUGGGGGAUGACCUGCUCCUCUCCUAUGGGAAGGAGUUCUGGUGGUUCCCCCACAUGUGGAGUCACAUGCAGCCCCACCUCUUCCACAAUCAGUCGGUGCUAGCUGAACAGAUGCUCCUCAACAGGAGGUUUGCACAGGAGCAUGGCAUCCCCACCAACAUGGGCUACGCGGUGGCUCCCCACCACUCUGGGGUGUACCCCGUCCACGUCCAGCUGUACGACGCUUGGAAGAAGGUGUGGGGCAUCAAGGUGACCAGCACGGAGGAGUACCCCCACCUAAAACCUGCCCGCUUCAGACGAGGAUUCUACCACAGUGGCAUCAGUGUGCUGCCGAGGCAGACGUGUGGCCUGUUUACUCACACCAUCUUCUACAACGAGUAUCCUGGAGGACCCAAGGAGCUGGACAAACUCAUCAACGGAGGGGAGCUCUUCCUCACAGUGCUCCUCAACCCGAUCAGCAUCUUCAUGACCCACCUGUCUAACUACGGGAACGACCGUCUGGGUCUGUACACCUUUAGGAACCUGGUGAAGUUCCUCCAGACAUGGACUAACCUGCGGCUGCAAACCCUGGCGCCUGUGCAGCUGGCCCAGCGUUACUUGCAGAUCUUUCCAGAGGAGAGGGACCCCAUCUGGCAGGACCCCUGUGAGGACAAAAGGCACAAAGACAUCUGGUCCAAAGAGAAGACAUGCGACCGAUUCCCUAAGCUGCUCAUAAUUGGACCACAGAAGACAGGCACCACAGCCCUGUACCUGUUCUUAGGGAUGCAUCCUGAUCUGACCAGUAACUACCCCAGCAAGGAGACCUUUGAGGAGAUCCAAUUCUUCAGUGGCCACAGCUACCACAGAGGCAUUGACUGGUACAUGGAGUACUUUCCCCUACCCUCCAACACCAGCUCAGACUUUUACUAUGAGAAGAGCGCCAACUACUUUGACUCAGAGGUGGCUGCACGCCGGGCGGCUGCCCUCCUGCCCAAGGCUAAAAUAAUCACCAUCCUCAUCAACCCUGCAGACAGGGCCUACUCAUGGUACCAGCACCAACGUGCCCAUGACGACUCAGUCGCCCUGAAGUAUACUUUCCAUGAUGUCAUCACUGCUGGCCACGACGCCCCCAUCAAGCUGCGGGUGCUCCAGAACCGCUGUCUGGUGCCGGGCUUGUACGCCACCCACCUGGACCGCUGGCUUAGCCACUACCACAUCAGCCAGAUCCUGGUUCUGGAUGGUCAGGUGCUGAGGACGGAGCCUGCUGCAGUGAUGGACAAGAUCCAGAAGUUCCUUGAGCUGACAAACACACUGAACUACCACAAGAUUCUAGCGUUUGAUCCCAAAAAAGGGUUCUGGUGCCAGUUGUUAGACGGAGGGAAGACCAAAUGUCUGGGCAAGAGUAAAGGACGGAGAUACCCCGACAUGGACACAGAUUCUCGCUCCUUCCUUAGGGAGCACUACAGGGACAACAACAUAGAGUUGUCCAAGCUGCUCUAUAAGAUGGGCCAGCCUCUGCCCAGCUGGCUCAGGGAGGAGCUGCUCCACACCAGGUAGCCUCAGCACGGCCGUGGACACGAGGACAGAGACACCACCCCAACCUGACCCUCCUGUCUCCCACAGAGGGGGACGCACGUGCUCGCCCCUUGGCUCCAGCUAUUCACCGCCAUGCGGGCUGACCAGGAGCUGAGGAAGGCAGGAGAGACAGGCCCCCCCAUGCCAAGUCAGCCCAGCUGUUCCCAGUGGCCCCCAGGGACCCUAGCAUGGGGUGUGGGCCCUCAGGAGGGAGAAGAGGCAGAGGUGAAGGAGAGACAUGAACUGAGUUUAGGAUUGUUCUACUUCCUUCUCGGAGAGAAUGACACUGAGGCAAAGAGAGAAGAGGGAUGUUCUUGUUCCACCACUGAAGUUUGCACUCUCUGACAGACAAGGAAGACGACGUCAUUUCUCUGUGCCUGUCAUGAACAAUACAUUAGCCAAUAAUGGAUAUUCAAGUGCCAGAGUGGAAUGUUCAUUUGAAAGUAUUUCUGAAUUUAUAUUUUCAUAAUUAACAUUCAUACUGCUGGAUGUCUGUAUUUGUUUCUGAGGUGUUGUGGUUGCACAACUCAUCUGUCGAGCCUUUAUGUUCUUUUUAACUGUUCCAUGUUUUUAAUCUGUGUUCAUCUGAAAACCUAACUGGAGCCCAUGUAUUGCUACCACAGACCACACUGACCCUUGACCUUUAUCAAGUCAAAUUACAUUUGGUUGUCUGAGACCUUCAAUUGAAUGAAUUCACAGUGGAUUAAAAAAGUUAAAUCCAUAAUGAUAUUUCCGAACGAGACAAGCUGGCCUUGCCUUGGUCAGUGGAAUGUUCCUGCUUGUCCUUGGUCGUAACUUCCUUUAAUAAUGAAAUAUUGAAACCCAUUCCUAAAUACAGCUGAUCCUACCAUGUCUGUAGAGUACACUGCAAACUGAACAUAAAUGUGACAUGAGAAAUGUAGCCGCAUGUUAAAAGGCCUUAAGGUAGACAUUGCAAUUUAUCACUGGGGAGAUGCGCAUCAUCAUGGCCAUCCGAUGUGUUACUGUACCGAGCAUAUCUCUUUGUUUCCACUAGUGGUUGUAGAGCAAGUGGAGCAUGAUGUUGACUGUUUUUUUUAACAUUUAUUUUGACAGCAGGUUAAUGUUAUAAUCCGCAUAAUAAUUCACAUUUCCUAUUGCUGACGGAUUAUUUUCUGGCUCAAAUUAAGAUCCUACAUCUGUAAAUUUGCAGUAAUGCGCCUCUUAUAUUUGCACUUCACAUUCUUAUCAAAUGCCUUACCAAUUUAAGACUAAAUUAAGUUUAGAAUUAUUGAUUAAAAACAUUAAGCACUACAUUUUUAUUUAACGUUUAUUUUGACAGGGAGUCGAUGCUGAGACCAAGGUCUAUUUAACAGAUGAGCCCUGUUCAGCACAACAAUACACAUCAAAAUACAAUAUGCACCUUAAACGUCACAUUCAUAUACACAUUAAAAUAGACGUUAUUAUACACAACAAUACAUGUUAAGUAAACUGACACAUUCUUCAGUAAAAAGGUCCCCUAACAACCGUCUGAAAGGCCCUAGAGCAGGCCUGGGCAAUUCCAGUCCUCGGGAGCCUGAUUGGUGUCACAC